UGCCAAACCAACAAGGCACCACCAGACCAAAGGUCUCCGACCGACCCAAACAUUAGACACACAGAGCGAAAAUCACCCAUCAAGUCAAAAUCGACGCAAUCGAUUUGAUUUGAUUUGCAGUUGGAGCAAUGGCGGGGGUGUCAUUGAAGUGCGGGGACUGUGGAGCCCUAUUGAAGUCCGUACAGGAGGCUCAAGAGCACGCCGAGCUCACCUCUCACUCCAACUUCUCCGAGUCCACCGAGGCCAUUCUCAAUCUCGUUUGCACCUCUUGCGGCAAACCUUGCCGAUCCAAAACGGAAAGUGAUUUGCAUACGAAGAGGACGGGGCAUACGGAGUUUGCUGAUAAGACGUCGGAGGCAGCGAAACCGAUAAGUUUGGAGGUUCCGAAAGUGGCUGAUGAAUCGGGAGAGGCUAUGGAUGUUGAUGGAAGUGGUAGUAGCAAGCCCGAAGAAAUGGUUGUGCCAGAGGUUGAUAAAAAACUACUUGAGGAACUAGAAGGAAUGGGUUUCCCUGCAGCACGGGCAACCCGGGCGCUCCAUUACUCUGGUAAUGCCAGUCUUGAGGCUGCUGUGAAUUGGAUAGUUGAACAUGAGAAUGACCCAGAUAUAGACCAGAUGCCCAUGGUACCUGUCAGCACUAAUGUCGAUGCUUCUAAACCUUCUCUCACACCUGAAGAAGUUAAGCUUAAAGCACAAGAACUAAGGGAGCGAGCUCGCAAGAAGAAAGAGGAAGAAGAAAAGAAAGCUGAAAGAGAAAGGGAAAAGGAAAGAAUUCGAAUUGGCAAGGAACUUCUUGAAGCAAAGCGGAUUGAGGAAGAAAAUGAAAGAAAACGUUUGUUGGCCUUGCGGAAAGCUGAGAAAGAGGAGGAAAAAAGAGCUAGGGAAAAAAUUCGUCAAAAAUUGGAAGAAGACAAGGCAGAAAGGAGGAGAAGGCUUGGAUUGCCUCCAGAAGAUCCUGCAACUGCAAAACCUUCAACACCUGUUGUGGAAGAGAAAAAGAGCUCAUUGCCUGUUAGGCCUGCAACAAAGGUAGAGCAAAUGAGAGAGUGUUUGCGAUCUCUUAAGCAGAAUCACAAGGAUGAUGAUGCCAGAGUGAAGAGAGCAUUCCAGACGCUUCUUACAUAUAUAGGGAAUGUAGCCAAAAAUCCUAACGAGGAGAAGUUCAGAAAAAUUAGACUCAAUAACCAGACCUUUCAGGAUAGAGUUGGUGCACUGAAGGGGGGAAUAGAGUUUCUUGAGCUGUGCGGAUUUCAGAAAAUUGAAGGGGGUGAGUUCCUGUUUCUACCGCGAGACAAAGUGGAAAUGGAAUUGCUCAAUUCAGCUGGCGCUGAGCUGAAUUCCGCAAUAAAUAAUCCCUUUUUCGGAGUUCUCUAAGUAUAAAAUACUUUCUUUUUGUUUUCCUUUUCUUUUUUUGAAAAUAUUUUCUCCGAUAUUGGAUUUAUGCCUUCAGUGUGUUAACUGUAACUAUACCAACUUUGUUUAUACAUUGAUGGAAUCAAUUGUCUAGCUGGAUAUUUUACAAUA